CUUCGCUUGGGUAGAGACCUUUAGUAAUUCUCUCUAGUUAACUUAAUGUAGGUAGGAUGGGCCAUGUGCAUGAGAUCACAUAACUGGAUGUGUGUUAGCCACUGAGGCGCGUUUUCAGCUUAAGUCCAUACGUACUCCCAUAAAUUGAAUGUAAAGCGCCUUGAGCAAUGAUAACACAUAUAUUUUCAUCCGGUAUCUAUCUACUGUGCCAUCAUCUUGUCCAUAUUCAUCCAAGCAAUUUUGUUGUGGGCUAUAACACUUUAGGCCAUUCAUCACGAUCUAUUCCUGAUUAGUUAGUGUUUGUGUUUGGCGUCAUCAGUGUUUUUUUCAUUAGUUCCGUAAUAAGUUGCGUUAAGAGCUUAUUUAUACUGGAGGCGACAACUUUAAUAAAUGCUAUUUCAAUCGAUCGCACCGAAACUUACGAGUGUUCUCGUGUUUUUUCUUAAUUAUGUGCAAUGUUCCCGUUAUUAUUUGCAAUGCAUUGAUCCGUUGAUACAUGCCGUAUUUCUAGUUUACUUCCCGGCAGAAAAUUUUUCGAGUCUCAGGAUUCCAGGCAGUAAUUUUCUAGAUUCUUCCCGAAACGUUUGCUUUUGUCGCAUUUAUUAGAUGUUCCCGCCCCUCGUGUUUAUGGCUUAAAAAUUAUUAUUAACGUCAUUCUUGUCACGAUUUGGCACAGGCGUUUUGAGUCAAAAACAUACAUCGAUAAAAAAGAACUUUUAGGCGGUAAUUUCGUAAAUUUGAUUCUACCCGGAUUCUAACAGGAGUACUAGAAAGAUUCUUACCGUGAGUAAAUACCUGUAAGUAUUUUUUCAGUGUAUUUUAACAGUGAAAUAACGCGGCCGUGAUAGCAUCCUUAUAAGCGAUGACAACUGCCUUGAUUAGUGGGCUGCUUCUGUAGUUUUUUAAAACCAUUUAAAAACUGAAAAUAAUCAAGGUAAGUCUAAACUAGGUUUGCUUUCAGUGGGUUGCUUGGUUAACCACGGCCAAUUUGCCUAAUUAUAAACAUCUAAGCGUCAAGUGAAAUAUAUUUUCCAUUUUAUAGUUUGCAAAUUUUUUUCUUUGUCUGUUUCUUUGUUUUAUGUUGUCGCCUUUUAUUUUUUUCUUUUUCUUAUAGCAAUGCAACUACUGAUUAACAUAUUCUCCUCGACGUUGUAUCUCACACUUGCUAGUAUCACAGUUUUUUUGGUAUCCGGGAGUUUUGAGGGAUGCGAAGAACACUUUGUCAAAGAGGGAUGUUUUAAAGACUACAAGCGACCUCUCCCGGUGCUAUUGCUGAACUAUCGAAACCAGCUUAACGACAACUGGAAUGACUGGGAGAAUUUUAUCAUACGCUUGGCAUGCAGUUGUGCAAAUGCAACAAGAAGCAAGGGAUUCACAUAUUUUGGAUUGCAGUUUUUCGGCGAAUGUUGGAGUGGAGCAAAACCCGGCAUUGGUUAUGAUCACGAUGGAGCUGCCAAUGGGUGUAUGGGACCGAAUCCCAACAUGCCCUGCGAGCCUAAACAUCCAGUCUGUGUGGGAAGAGGAAAAAGGAAUUUCGUUUACAAGCUUGUCACGCCUAUGACCCAGGCUGGACCAACACCUACACCUAACUGCAAAGAUUACAACCCAGCUUGUCCUGAAUAUGCUAAGAGUGGAUACUGUGAAGAGUACCCAAAUGUUCGGACUCAAUGUCCAUUUUCUUGUAAAGAAUGUUAACCCUUCUUGGUACUUUCUGUUAGUUUGAGUAUGAAUAAUUAUUAUCUAGCGACUGAAUUUUAAAAUAAUGAUGUGAAUGAUACAAGAAAUAAUUUAGUACAAUCUCAGCUAGAAUUCUGUUUCCGAAACAAUGAGUGGGUGGGUAAGUUCCAGGCGGUGGGGUAAAACUGCAGCAUAUCCUCAGGGUCAGGUUAAAGUCAAGAAAUAAAUUAAAAGAAUAAACAUAAUUAAAAUAACAAACAUGGUUGAUUAAUGUUUCCUUGACAUAAGAAGAGAAUUUCAAGUUGAUGCUUAUCCCUGAUUAUAAGCUCAAUCUACCAGUUCAAUUUUCAAUAUUUAAUGUCAUUAACAACCACGUCUAGAUGGAGAAAGAACACAUUUUCCAUUUUCCCACAAAUCCAAGACAGAUUCAAAUGCCUGAGUCAUUGGCUUGCUGGUCAGUUAGCGGUAUUAAUUCUAACUCCCCAUGAACUUUCAAACAUGGUGAUGGGUAGGCAAGAGUAAACUUGUUUCCAGAGGGCGUGUUUUUGGUCAGUUGUGACAGAACAUGCAAUAUCCUAGACAAAAUCAAAAUCUGGAACCAGAGAUUUGAUUGUGCACAUGUGUUCAAGUUUGACAACAGUUUCUGAACAUGUGUAGAUAGAGUAACUGCUGUAACUAAUCUUGGCUCACCUUCUGAUUUCUCCUAGAAGUCUGGUUCUUGAAAUGAGCAACUCAUCGCAGGAAUUGCUCCGAGCUAAAUAGCACUGCAGUUGGCCUAAACAACAGACCAGCUAGCC